AUGACCUUCUCAGCAGAGGACUGUCGAGGGGUAACAUACGACCAUGAAGACCCACUUGUGGUAUCAGUGGACAUCGCCAACCACACCGUCCACAGGGUUUUGGUAGACGGAGGCACUUCGGCUAACAUACUUUUCAGAUGUGCCUUCGAUAAACUUAAAAUUCACCCUCAACAGCUGACCAAGGUUAACUUCCCAGUCAUCGGCUUCAAUGGUUCGUCCGUAGUUCCCGAAGGAAAAAUAACACUUCCUGUAACCAUCGGAAGACGACAAUCAGCAAGAAAUAACCUGACCGACUUCCUAGUUAUCAACGUUCCCACGGUCUACAACGUCAUAAUGGGGAGACCGCUAAUCCACAGAAUCCAGGGCAUAGCAUCAACCUAUCACCAGACAAUACAAUAUGUAUCCGACUCCGGCAUACCCGAGAAAUUACGAGGAAAUCAAGAAUCAGCUCGACGAUGCAAUUACAACGCAGUCAAAACUAGAAAUCAUCGAGAAAACGACCCCGAGGAAGAUUCCUCCGAAGAGAGAUCCGACCCUAGCACAACACAGGGAAGAAUCAAAAGGAAGUCGGAUGAUUCAAGAAAAUCCACACCGAUGGCAGACAUAGAGGGCAGACCCGACAAUGGGGAGCCCCAAACAGACACAGAUAUGAAAGACGUCUCACUCGAUGGCGGAGAGCCGUCAGGCAUUCGGAUCGGCACAGACCUAGGGUCGGACCUAAAAAUCAUGAUCAUCGACUUACUAAGGGAGCACAAAGAUAUCUUCGCAUUCUCAGCAGAAGACAUGCCAGGAAUCGACCCCAAAACAGUCACCCAUAAGCUAAACGUCCUGGAAGGGUCAAAACCCAUCAAGCAAAGGCUACGCAACUACUCUGCCGAGAAAAUUAAAGCAGUGUCAGAAGAGGUCCAAAAAUUGAAAGACGCUGGCUUCAUCGAACCCUGCAAGUACCCAGAAUGGCUCGCCAACGUAGUCAUGGUGAAGAAGCCCAACGGAUCCUGGCGAAUGUGCGUAGACUUCACCAACAUCAAUCAGGCAUGCCCAAAAGACUGCUACCCCCUUCCUCGGAUAGAUCAACUCGUAGACUCCACCGUCGGCCACGCCCUCCUCAGCUUCAUGGACGCCUUCUCCGGAUAUCAUCAGAUAUUCAUGGACAGCCACGAUAGAACAAAAACAGCAUUCAUCACUAGCGGAGGGGUGUAUAACUACGUCAUGAUGCCUUUCGGUCUAAAAAACGCAGGGGCCACUUACCAAAGACUGGUGGACCACGUCUUCGCCGACCAAAAAGGUAGAAACGUCGAGGUAUACGUAGACGAUUCGAUCGUCAAAAGCAAGAAGGAUACCGACCAUGUUGCGGACCUCAGAGAAACUUUCAAAAAUCUUCGAAAGUAUAAAAUGAAGUUAAACCCAAAGAAAUGUGUCUUUGGGGUAAGAUCUGGAAAAUUCCUAGGCUUCAUGGUCAGCCAAAGAGGAAUAGAUGCAAACCCCGACAAAGUUAAAGCAGCCAUAGAUCUGCCAGAGCCGAAGACGAAGAGGGACAUUCAGAGACUGGCAGGAAGGAUGGCCGCACUCUCCCGAUUCAUCUCAAAGGCAUCAGACAAGGGAAUCCCUUUCUUCAAAGCAUUAAAAAAUAAAGACAUGGUCUGGGGAGCGGAACAGAAGGAAGCCUUUAGCCGACUCAAGACACACUUAGCCAGUUUACCUACCUUGGCCCGACCCGUCGAAGGAGAAACGCUAUACCUCUAUGUGGCCGUCAUCCCAGCAACUGUCAGUGCAGUACUACUCUGA